UACUUCAUCACAUCUCUCUAGUAGGCUGGGGAGAUGAAGUUCAUCAGUGCAGCUGGGGUGCUGUUUCUGCUGCAAAAUGCCAUUGCAGCAAAUGCCGCUACAACAAGGCCAAAAGAUGGGCCAUUGGCUAAUGUGACUGGUUCUUUGGAUGAUGACGGAGUGUGCCAAUGUUCUGUGUACUUGCCAGACACCACAUUUCCUGUGGAAAGGAUGGAGAAACUUGAAAUGUUAGCCCAACAACUCUCAAAGAAAUUUGACGGUGAGCUUUCUAAAAUGAGCAAGUACACUAAAGAAAUUGAAACAUAUGAAAAAAAGAUUGUAACCCUAACCGUCAAGAUUGAGCACAUGGAGAAGACGAGUGUUUCUUAUACUGAGUUGGACUUCCAAUUGAUGAAAAUGGAAAUCAGUGAAAUGGACAGGCUGGUCACUCAGCUGAAGAGUACGUUAACCGGAAGCAACGUGAUUGUUGAACAGCUGUAUGGAGAGAUUAAGAAUUUGAGUCUCAUGGUAAAUGAGCUAGAAUCGCUGGACAAGCACAACAUCCUUGCAAUCCGCCGAGAAAUUCUGGCUCUACAAAGUAAAUUGCAAGAAUGUGAAGCGAAUAGAAACCAGAGCACCACCACCCCUCACUACUUCCCACCUGGAAGCUGCAGUCAUGGUGGAAUUGUGAACAUCAGCCAGCCCUAUGUGAUUCAGCUGAACUGGAGAGGAUUUGCUCACAAAUACGGUGUUUGGGGAAGAUAUACCUCUCCCUUGAACCCCAACAAGGAAUUCUAUUGGGUUGCACCACUGAAUACUGAUGGAAGAUACCUGGAAUACUAUAGACUUCAUGAUUCCUAUGAUGAUUUAUUGCUCUUUAGAUACUCAAAUCAAUUUAGAAUUCAAUAUGGUGAGGGCAGUGGUGCUGUUGUUUACAACAAUAAUAUGUAUUUUAAUGCACAUGGUUCAAGAGAUAUGAGCAAGCUUGAUUUAAGCACAAAUAAUGUGGUGCUGAGGAAACCUCUUCCAGAUGCUGCUUUUAACAAUCGAUUCUCAUAUGCUGGUGUGUCAUGGCAAGAUCUGGAUUUUGCUGUGGAUGAGAAUGGGUUGUGGAUCAUUUACUCAACAGAAGCCAGGACAGGUAACAUUGUGAUCAGCAGACUUAAUGAAACCACUCUUGAUGUGCUCAAUACGUGGGAAACAAGGCAGUACAAGCCAUCGGUGUCCAAUGCUUUCAUUGUAUGUGGAGUGCUCUACGCCACGAGGCCUGUCAAUACUAGGAAAGAGGAAAUAUUUUACUCAUAUGACACAAACACUGGAAGAGAAGGCAGAACAAGCAUUAUUGUAGACAAAAUGCUAGAAACCAUUCAGAGUAUCAACUAUAGCCCUAUAGAUCGGAAAUUGUAUGUGUACAAUGAUGGCUACCUUGUUCGAUAUGACCUGACCUUCCAGCCUCUUUCACCAGUAUAGCGACACAGCGGAAGAGGAGAAAGCAGAGCUCUGAUGUGUUUGUAAAUCAUGAUGCACUGUCUGACCAUAGUACCGCUACAUUUCCUGGAGAUGAGGUGGGGAAAUUUAGUGUUGACUCGCAGGAUGCAGGUUCUAUCCCUGCCAUUCACUUCUUGAAGACUUGGGGCAAGGUCCAGCCAAAGUUGAGCACUUUUACAUUCCAAUGAUUUCAGUAAGAGAUAAUUAAGCCUAUGCUUAACUUUCCCACUGAAACCAAUGGGACAUUAAACUGCUUAAAUUAGAUUGUGCUCAUCCAGCAUGCCUUAUUGGGUUAGACCAAUAGUCUGCCUAAAUCAAUGCUCUUCCUUAAUGUGAUGUGGAUAAUUGUUACUAGAAGAAAAUAUUCACAUCUGGUCUUUUUGUAUUGAGGAAAACCUACAUUCAUCUCUGCCUCAGAGCUUUUCUGAUCAAUGUUGUUGGGGGUGUUUGGCAAACAAAUGCAUAUUUGCGAUGCAGGCUUAAAACAUUUCCUCUCCAAACAGCACCACUGUUAUUACAUUUUCCUAGCAUUCAAACAGCAGUGGUUCAUUGCUGGAGAAAUGUGGCUCUGUUCCCAAAAUAGUUGUGUGUGUGUGUCAACUGGUGUUUGCGUGUGUCAUAGGCACUAGUUGGUUAGUAUCUGUUAGAUCAAAAUAACAAAUGACAACUCCUUGCUUGGACUUCCCCUCAUUCCUGCACCUUUUUAUGACAUGUUUUCUAUUUUAUUAUAAUUUUAAAAUAUUCUUUGAAUGUCAGGAACCCUCAUCUAGCCUUACUAACAAGAUGAAAAGCUUUACAUGUAGAAGACAACAAAGUUAGCUCCACUGCAGUUACGCUUCACAUUUUUGUUCAGUUUCAUCUUUUAUGCAUUUAAAAAUUUAAAAAUUCUGAGCACUCUUUUCCUCCUUCUCCAGCACUGUGAAUGGAAAGCUGCCAAUUUCACUUUGCUUGGGCUGCUUUGAAGAAUAAGAAUGAAACCGGGAAAGGGCCUUUAUAGCUACUACCCAUCUCCGUUGACUCCCACAAGUCAGUGGAGGCCGGUGGCUCUGUCAUCAGUGGGGCAGUGAAUCUGCUCUGGGUUUUCAGCACGUUGGACAGCUCCUUGAAAAUUCACACUAAAACCCAGAGCCAUCAGCCUCCACUGUCAGAAGAAUACCCUGUGAAAUCUGGACAUGGCAUUAAGACCAUUGCUCUGGGAUCUGUAGAAGGAUCACACAGGAAAAAGAUGCAGUUGGGGUAUACUUUGCACAAUUAUGCUUCGAUAAGCUCUUAGGGUCUACUCCUCCUGUGAAAGCUGGGAGUCCAGAGUCUGUGAGUUCAAAUCCCCACUCCUGUCUCCUGGGUGUAAAGGGCCAGCUAAAGAUCACCCCCACAGUGAGUGGCUCAGGGGUUACAUGCCCUGCCACCUGUGCACUCGUGGGCAAGCUGCAUAGUCCCAAGGAGCCCAGUUGCCCCCCAGCUGGCAGUUGCAGACAAGGAAGGAGCUGGGUUGUGCAGCUGUGGCAAGCUGAGCAGGCCCUAGCCAACUGGGGAGGACUAGCCUCCGAGGGAGGCAAUGGUAAACCCGCUCUGAAUAUCACUUACCAUGAAAACCCUAUUCACAGGGUAGCCAUAAGUCAGGAUCAACUUGAAGGCAGUCCAUUUCACACAAGAAAACUGCCAUCCUCAAUUCCUUGGGGCUUGCUCAAGAGAAUAAUCCACAAGGUGUAUUGCCACUUGUAUGUCCACACAACAUAAUCCAAGAUAGGGUGUUAUGCAAAACUGUCUUGUUCCUAUGAUGUUUCAUUUUGCCAUUAAUAUAAACAUACUGCCAAUUUUAGCCAAAGAUUAGAUCAAAAUCUCUUUGGAUAGGUUCCAGUCCUCAAGGUUCUUAGUCUGGUAAGAAUUUUGGAAAUGUUAUAAAGAUUUAGGCCAAAUAGAUUCUCUCUAUUUUGCGCUGGUAUAUAAAAAAUGGCACUUUGCAGUUAUAAGAUUACAUUUUGAGGAAUCAAGGGGAGAGUAAAAAGGUAAAGGUGUCCCCGCACUUGUAGUGCGAAUCGUUCUGACUCUUAGGGUGAUGUCUUGCGACGUUUACUAGGCAGACCGUAUAUAUGGGGUGGGAUUGCCAGUUCCUUCCCUGGCCUUUCUUUACCCCCCAGCAUAUUCCAGCUACUCAUUUUACCGACCAUGGAUGGCUGGAAAGCUGAGUGGACCUCGACCCCUUUUACCAGAGAUUCGACUUUCUCCUUCUGUUGGAAUCGAACUCCGGCCGUGAGCAGAGCUCAGCUGCGUUACUGCCACUUACCGCUCUGCGCCACGGAGGAUCUUAAGGGGAGAGUAAUACUGAUGAAUUUAUGAAAAAAUGCAUCUUAUUUCUGGCAUUUUGGAACAACACAAUCCAAGAUGCUGUGUAAACAUUUGUGAAUUAUUUCGAUCAAGAAGUGGAUAAUGAAUUUUGGAGCAAUAAAUUCCAAGAUGCUAUGCCAUCUUUUGCAUGUUUGUUUUUAUUACGAAUGACUGUUAUUCUGAGUAGAUAAUGAAUUCUGUAUGAACUGCAUACAGUAAAUUUUCUGUGACUUAUGUAAAGAAAAGAAAACAAAACUCUAUGAAACCAUCUGUAUUAAUAUCAUUAAUUUCAAUGGACUUACAGAGCAAUCAUAUGCAUGUCUACUCAGAAGUAAGUCCCAUUAAGUUCAUCAGAACUUACUUCUAGGAUGUAUUAUAGAAUUGCAACCUUAGAUGCUCUUAAUUCAGUGCUGGACUGUGGGAUAAAGCUUCUUAAUCAACAUUGUUAUUUCAAGUUACCAUUGGGAUAAAUGGGUAUUGGAGAACAAACUGAUUAGAUAUAAGAUUUGCAUCAAAAACUGCAUGCUCAUCUUUCCAAUUAGCAAGAUAAUAUAAUCACAUUUACAGUCAGGAUUCUUUGCACCUUUCCUGUAUCUAUACUUUUGCCAUUGGUGAGAGUUUUGAUCAAAGAAGGGCUGUCACAGAAUUGUUAGUUCCUUUUUCACUGGAGGCAUAUGGAAUUUUGUGCCAAACCUGGUAUCUGGCACAGUCUGUACUCUUGAGGAUCUCAGCUUUCUUUUUCAAACAAGCGCAUUCUGAGCCUUCAUUUCCGUAGAGAACAUGCACACAUGCAAAUGUAACUGUAUAAAUAUACACAGUGUCUGCAGAUGUUUCUAGUGUUCUGUGGGCAGUUUGAUGUCCUGGAUGGCCUUUGGUCAUAUUCCUUUAUUUAAUGUAUCACAAUUGCCCCUCUUUUCCUCUUUCCAUUGCUUCUUCCUGCACACUUCUAUCUGCCAUAUACCGUACAUUUCAAAUACUGAAUGUUAAAAAAACUCCUAAAAAAUCAAAAGUUGAUUCAUAAUACAGACAAGUUGUGUUAGCUUGGGAAAUGUAAGUGUAUUUGCAUAAAGGUAAUGCUUUGCAUUAUUCAUGUUGAAUGCAGGUUUUGUAUUUCUUUGGCACUGAAUAUGGGUUUCUGUGUAAUAGAAAAUGAAUACUUAUGCCACUGA